AUGCGUGAAAUAGUCCAUCUUCAAGCUGGACAAUGCGGCAACCAGAUAGGAUCGAAGUUCUGGGAGAUCAUUUCGGACGAGCAUGGCAUCGACCCGACGGGAAGGUACCGCGGUGAUAGCGAACUGCAGCUGGAGAGGAUCCAGGUCUACUACAACGAGGCGUCAGAUGGAAGCCGUUUCGUGCCGAGAGCUGUUCUGGUCGACCUGGAGCCUGGCACCAUGGACGCCAUCCGCUCCUCGGGCUACGGCCAGCUGUUCCGCCCCGACAACUACGUGUUCGGCCAGAGCGGCGCUGGCAACAAUUGGGCGAAAGGCCACUACACUGAGGGUGCCGAGCUGGUGGACUCUGUCAUGGACGUGGUGCGGAAGGAGGCCGAGCCUUGCGACUGCUUGCAGGGUUUUCAGCUGACCCACUCGCUGGGCGGCGGCACCGGCUCCGGCCUGGGCACGCUGCUCCUUAGCAAGCUGCGCGAGGAGUAUCCAGACCGCAUCGUGAACACCUUCAGCGUCAUGCCAUCGCCGAAGGUGUCGGACACGGUGGUGGAGCCCUACAACGCCACGCUGUCCGUCCACCAGCUCGUGGAGAACACCGACGAGACGUUCUGCAUCGACAACGAGGCGCUGUACGACAUCUGUUUCAGGACGCUGCGGCUCUCCUCGCCGACCUACGGCGACCUGAACCACCUGGUCUCCUUGACGAUGUCCGGGGUCACCACCUGCCUGCGGUUCCCGGGCCAAUUAAACGCCGACCUUCGGAAGCUGGCCGUCAACAUGGUGCCCUUCCCCAGGCUCCACUUCUUCAUGCCAGGGUUCGCUCCUCUAACAGCUAGAAACAGCCAAGGGUACCGGGCGCUCACUGUUCCAGAGCUGACGCAGCAGAUGUUCAGCCCCGUGAACAUGAUGGCCGCGUGCGACCCGCGUCACGGGCGCUACCUCACCGUGGCGGCCAUCUUCCGCGGCCGCAUGUCCAUGAAGGAGGUGGACGAGCAGAUGCUCACGGUGCAAGACAAGAACUCCAGCUACUUCGUGGAGUGGAUCCCGAACAACGUGAAGGUGGCGGUGUGCGACGUGCCCCCGCGUGGGCUCAAGAUGGCCGCCACCUUCGUGGGCAACUCCACCGCCAUCCAGGAGAUCUUCAAGCGCAUCUCCGAGCAGUUCACCGUCAUGUUCAGGAGGAAGGCGUUCCUGCACUGGUACACCGGCGAGGGCAUGGACGAACUGGAGUUCACGGAGGCCGAGAGCAACAUGAACGACCUGGUCUCCGAGUACCAGCAGUACGAGGAAGUCGGUGUAGAAGACGGGGAAUUUGAUGAGCAAGAAGAAAUGCCGGGAGAAGAAUAUCCAGAAGAAGAA